AUGCGAAGUAGCUUUAGGAUUCUUGCAGCAAUCUAUUUAAACACUUCGUCUAAAGCUCUGAACACCCCACAGCAAAGGCAUCAUAUCUCUCAAUGUAGCUUUGAUGUUGGAUCGGCCGCUGCCAAGCUUCUCCUUCAAACGAGUGAAAUGAAUGUUAAUGAACGCAAGCGAGGAAGACCGUGCAAGAAGACUCGUCAAAGACCAACUUAUCGGUCGACUUCUUCUGAACGAACUCCAGUGAAAACUCGUUCCCAGCUAGACAAUAGAAAACAUUCGACAACCAAGCCGACGGCUUCUACUUCGACGCCUUCAAAUCUAAAAAUGUCAAAGAACAAGAAAGCUAGUAAAACACAUUAUUAUGUCUCUGAAGAUAGCUCUUCUGAAGGAGAGUCUCCACCAAGAAAGAAACCAGCCACCGCCGCUUCAUCGUCGUUGAGCCAAACAAGGCAGAAAAAAAAGAUACAUCCUCCACAAGUAGAUCAUGAGUCUGAUGGAAAUGAUGAGGCAGAGAACGAUGGAAAAGAGUCAUCAGACUCUUCGUCUAGUGAUCAAGACUCCGAUGCGGAUCCUCCCUAUGAGGCUCAGGGAAAAUCAAAAGUCCCUCAAGCUGAUGUCCUUGUCGACGAACCAAUUAAUCAAGUUUUGGCUGGUGAGAAUCAGGGAACCUCCGAAGAGAUUCCACAAGAAUUUCCCGAUCUUCGUGAGAUAUUCGACUCAUUCGUCAAGCCACCAACGCGUGUCUGCGAGUGUCAAUUGCCGACCGACGCCAAGCGAUCCCAACAUCAUGAAAGAUGCCCAAAAAGGUGUCCAACACAUCAUCCCGACAUCCAUUCAUUUUUGCUGAAAGUUUUGGAAAAACACCCGAAACCAUCACCCACGUUGAAGAAGGAGCUAGUAAUGAGAACCGGAUUAACUUCUGCACAAAUAUACAGAUGGUUCAAACACAGAAAAAGCGCCCAAGAAGAUCAUCAAGUUCCGAGGAUGAAUCCCUCGUCUUCAUCUAUUCAUUCGGAUUACGUGGCUAGUGCGGUUCCUGGAGCUCAAACGAACCCAAACACUCGUACCAACGCGUUACCCAACGCCCGUACACCACAACAUACUCCUGUUCUGACUUCACCUAGCGCGCUGCCACUUGAUUCAUUUAAACCCGAACACCAUCAAGAGGAUGCGGAAGGAGAUUGGGAUUCUCCUCUUGUCGAACAAGAUUAUUAUGCUCAAUUGGAUCGACCAGAACAAACUGUUGCUGAAUAUCUGAGAGUCCAGAUACCAAAUACGCAAUCACGAAUGAGCCGCCCACAAAGACGGCACCUGAUGAUGGUUUCGAUACCAGGAGGGACUACUCAACAAAGCUUUUUGAAUAAUUACCCAAGACAAUUCCCAUCAUCUCAAAUGGACUCUCAAAGAGCUGAAAUGACAGUGACACAGCAAAGAUCUCACAACAGUCAGCCGCUUUUAAGAGCGGCUCUAGGAGAUGUUCCACGGAUCGGUAUUCAAUCCAUUAGACUACCUACGGCAGGGCGAGAGUAUGGCUCGGUUUUAUAUGGAGUUGGAGCUGAAAGAACUGGAGAAGACUUAGCAGGAAACCAGCAAUAUCUGUCAGCUUCAAAUCAGGCUCAAGAUUUUCCUUCAAGUUCUGGUGCAAGUUCUCAAACUCGACCACCAUCAGAAUCCGCAGUUCUGAUGAAUGCAAAUCAAUAUGAACCGAGGUCACAAAGAAGUUAUAAUUCUUCAAUCACGAAUCUUGGCUUCGAUUCUAAUCAAAGCUCAUCAUUUAGUGGAAGAAUCGGAAGAAAUGAGUCUACUUCCCAGCUAAAAAGUUCAACCUGUACUCCAGAAAUUUCCACCUCAAGAUCAAAGGAAAGUGAUUCCGAUGUGGAAAUAAUCGGGCCGAGAUUAAGCAUCAAAAAAGAAAUCGAUAUGGUCGAGGAAUAUAAGAACGACCCUGAUUUUGGUUUCGAUGAGCCUGAAUGGGUGCGAGUGAGAGCCGAGUUGGCAUCUGAGCCGAAGCGGCAAACAAAACUACCACAAAACCUGAGUCUCAGUAUAGAAAACUGGACGAAAUACGCAGGAAGUGAGGAAAUUAGAAAUGAAAUUUAA